AUGGACGAAUCGUUCAUCCACCAACACUACAAACGCCACCACGACAGUUUGUACGACACGUCUGAUUCGGCCGACGUCCAAACCAACGAGAAGUACAAGGGUAGAUUCAAGCACAAUGGAUUGCCGAGUGCUCGCGCUGGACAUCUUUCGAGGUGGCAAGCCAAAGAGACGAAAGACUACCACGGCAUGUUUAACCACGACUACUUUGUCAAGUGGUUCAAGCAGCUGUUGGACGAAUUGGAUGCGUUUUCUGUGACGAACGCCUACAUCGUCAUGGACAACGCCAAGUACCAUAAGGGCCUCCCGAUUGGCACACCAACAAGUCGCCAGAGCAAGAAGGUCCUUCUGGAUGCGUGCCGUACAUAUGGAAUUGCAGUGGAUGAGAAGGCGUUCAAGAGCAUCUUGUGGCAGCACUUCAGCGACCAUAAGGCAACGAUCAAGCCAGCAAUCGUGCAAAUGGCCACCGAGAAAGGGCAUACUGUAGUCUACACCCCACCACACCACUCCGAUCUGCAGCCCAUCGAAUUGGUUUCGGCCAUUGUGAAAGGCCACCUGGGUCACAAGUACACUGAUGGUACAGGGUUGUUAGAAGUGAAAGCACGCCUUCAAGAAGCGUUCGAUGUGUUGAAAGCCAGCUCUUUCAGUGGUUGCAUUAAAGUGUCGGAGGAGAAGUUACAGAAACUUCAUGACCACCUCAAAGAAAUUGAUGCAUUUGAGUCCGAUGAGGACUCAUCAGCGCGAAGCAGCAGCGACAGUGAUAAUUAA